GCUUCUCUUGCCCGCGACUUGCAUGGGCGAUGCGAUUCGCUGCUCAAGGUUCCGUCUCCUGGCGCCCUCCUCGCAUACCUCUGCAGAAUAGUGUGCUGUGCGUUUAUGCCGGCACGGGCCUUUUCUCACGUCCCGCAGGGUGCCCAGCUGCCCGCGGUCAUUUUGAGGCAAUUUCAUGAAUGUGGCCGGUUGUCUGAUCUGUGACUGGUGACCACCAGCCCACAAGAUCCGCGCCGCACUCGAGCCCGACGUCGCCAGAUUAACAUGCCUCGAUCUCAAUCCCCUCCCCUACAGACUCUGCGCGGGCUCAUGGCAUGCGUUGGCUGUCGGCAAGGAAAGCACAGAUGCGACGGCGAGCCGCCAUCUGCGCUCUUGCACUAGCUCCCAGGUUGGAUGCGGAACCAAUCACUGUCCAAGGCGAAGGUCGCUGCCACGGCUGCAAGAUGGCAGGCACAGCGUGCCAGUGGCUGCCAAGAGCCAGGCGAGGCCGGCCGAGGCUGCAAAAGGACACCGUUAGAGCCGGGGAUCAACGGCAACGUCAGCAGCUAUUCAGUGCAGAACCCGAUCUGCUCAACGAGUGGCUCAACGAGUGGCUCAUCGGUGAAUUGUCACAAACACCAGCACCGUCUCUGCAACUCGACGGUGUCUCCUCAUUACGGCCGAUGCAAGGCUUUGCGCGGUCGCCCUCGCUUCGGCUUUCCGAGCUUCUUCUAGCUCUCGACUCUCGUGACAUUGAAGCGUUCUUUGAACAAGCAGCACCGUGGUGCCCCGUCCUAGGGCUCAAGCACCCCUUUAUGGCGCGGCUUCAACGUUGCCCCUCUUUAGCGCCGUCCUCGACGGAAGACCCGCUCAUCGCAUCGGCCUACAGUGCUACUGCCAUCGGAUCACGCGUGUGCCGCGGUCUGACACGCUGUUCAGACAAUGAAGGCACUAUCACAGCCGCACGCAUCCCCAUCUCAAAGCUCGCGGCACCUACAUCAAGCGUCUUUUUUGAUCAACAAGCGGUUUGAUCUAUGCUGGACGCCAUACACGCUCUCAUCGCAUCCGUGAUGUACGAGUUCGGCGUGCAGAACGUUGUUGGAGCGGCAGAGAGCGUGUCGAAAGCCAUCGACUUUGCUUUGCCCGCGUCGAUGCAUUGAUUCAAUGUGCAACUAGAACUGACAGAGGCUGAAUUCUUGGCUGUUACCGUCGGCCACCAGCUGCACUCUCAAUCAGUCCCUUUCGUCGAGGCGCCUGAAUUGGCAGGGCAGGUGCGCCGAACA